UUGAAAGGCCUAUGAGGAAAAGAGAGUAGAGAGGUCCUGAGUUGUGUUCUUCACUCCCUGGUCAGAUAGACUUAUAAUUUCAUGGGACAGUUCAAUGGUCAUUUUUACCCAGGGCUAUAUCUUUUCUCUUAUGGACUGUAUCAGGCAAUAUUGGUCUCCAAGGCCAUGAUAUUCAAUGCCUAUCUCCUGCAUCCUUCAUACCCUCCCAGGAAUAAGGGAAGAUGGGCCAUCCUGUGGAAGAUAUCUUACAAAGGCUUGUUGAAGAUAGUGACUGGCUCCAUCCUAACAGUUUAUGUGAUCUUUUGUCAUGAUGAUGGGAUGGUGUUUAUGAGCAAUCAGGUGCCACCAAGAUUUAUGUACCCCAAAGACUGGCAGCACCUCACCAUGUUCAUCCUUCUCACCCUCAAUGGCUGUAUCGAUGUCAUGAGCAAGAACAUGCUGCCUCAGCGAUGUGUCAUCUUAGAAAAAGGUACCCUGGUUCUUUCCUUCCAUGAGCUCCUGCUGCUGUUUGUGUCCCAUGUGAAGAACUCAUCAGGGGUGGAGCUGCAAGUUCAUGCCCUGCUCAUCUUGGUGGUGUUCCUACUGACGCUGGUGCUCACUGCAGAGCUGUGGGCUCUCAACAUGUUUCACCUCUGGCUUAUCGAGGCCUUUCUGUUUCUGAUGAUGGGCUCCUGGCUGAUGCAGGCAGGCUUCAUUCUAUACAGACCUGUCACUGGUUACCCAUGGCAGGAUGAUGAUGUCAGCGAUAUCACUUUUGUCACUACUUUCUUCUGCUGGCAUGUGAUGAUCAACGCCUUGUGCAUCUUGGGCAUCUAUGGUGUCUCUUCUUUUUGGCAUCGUUGUUACAAUCCCAGCUUGAAAUUGAAGGUAUCUGAAGAUGCUCUCCAUCACAUGAGCCCUCCAGGCCUCUACAGAAUGCUGCAGAAAGUGAAGCAGUCAGAGGAUGAUGACCAGGCUCAUCUCUUCAAAGAGCUCACCCUGAGACAGGGUCUAGGACACCUGGGACUCAUCUUCUUCUGAUGGGUUCUCUCAGCCACGUGUAUUGCAUCCUCUUUGGUCCCCAGUGAAGGUAAUGAUCCUGAGGGACAGAAGUUUAUUCUUAACUGUUGGUACAUUUCCUGUCCCUGAGUUUCUAGUUGCUGAAAAGUAAGAGAGAGAGGGACCCCGGAAAGGGACACAGAUGAGAUUAUGUGGAUGAAGGGAAGUAGAAGACAAAGGAACCCAAGGGAGUAGAAAAGUGUUCCUUUUUCAUAUUUCCAGUGAAGACAGGACAAUAGAAGGGAGGUCUUUGAAAGGGAGAGAGCAGAGUCUACCAGCAAUACCAUCACCUGCUGCUGCUUCUGGGUUUCUAUCCAAAGAAUAAAGACUUCUCACCAACCAAAAUUGCAAUGGUGGCUUUUUCUAUAGACUAACUAGUGACACCGCUCUGUGGAAGUAGCAUAGACAUAUGUAGGACAAUUCACUUACCAUACAUUGUUUGAAAUUAUAAGAAUGUCAUAUAGAUGUAUUUUUUAUUUGGGCCUGUUGGAUAGUUCCA